CCCAGGAGCUUCUGCUUGUAGUUGGAUAAGGGGAGUCCUGGGUUGCAUAAGGCUACUCUGCAGUUGGUAAUUCUCAGUUGCAUGAAGCUCAAAAUAAUUCUCCUGUUAAAGAGGCACAUUUUGUGGCAGCCUAGUCCCUUCCCUGGCACACCCGCAGGGUGGUCUUCGGGGUGGGGCCACGAUCUGGAUACAGCAGUGCUGGGGGACGCUGAUGCCAGGUCCUGCCGUCCAUGUGUGCCACAGUUGAAGCUGGAGAAGGACCUGGGAGCCUUCAGGAGGAGAUGGCAAAGACCAAAGAGCUGCAGGCCAGGGAGAAGGAGGCCAUGGCCAAGUGACAGAAGGCGGUGACGGAGCAGAGGCAGUGCAUCCUGGCAGAGUUUGAGAAAAUGGCGGUCUUCCUGGUGGAGGAGGAGCAGCACCUCCUCCAGGGCCUGAAGGAAGAGGAGGUGGAUGCAGUCAAACUGCGUGGGCGCUCAGCCGCCCUGGACCAGCAGCACCACUCCCUGGAGAAGCUCCUGCUGCAGCUGGAGGACAGGAUGGAGUGCGAACCACUGGAGAUGCUGCAGGAUAUGAAGAAACCCCUGAGCAGGAGGGACAGCCUGAGUGUACAGAACCCAGAGGCCAUCCCCACUGUGCUGAGGACGGUCUGCAGGGUCCCAGGACAAAUAGAGGUGAUCAAGAAUUUCCAAGAGGAUGUGGUGCCUGACUCUGCCACAGCGUACCCCUACCUCCUCCUGUACGAGAGCCUCCUGAGGCAAUACCUGAGCACCCCGCUGGACAGCAUGCCCCAGAGCAAGGACAGGUUCCUGGCCUACCUCUGCACGGUGGGCCGGGAGACCUUCUCCUUGGGGAGGCAUUACUGGGAGAUGGGCAUGAACCUCACCAGAGAUGCGCUGUGAGACCUGGGUGUGUGCAGAGACAACGUUAGCUGGAGGGACAGGGUCCCUAAGUCCCCCGAAAACAGGUUCUAGGUGGUGCAGCUGUGCAAAGGACAGAAGUACAUGCCCUCAGCAAUUGUCCCAACCCCCAUCACACUGAGCGAGCCCCCAAGCCACGUGGGCAUCUUCCUGGACUUUGAGGCAGGGGAGGUAUCCUUCUACAAGGUCAAGGAUGGGGCCCACCUGCACACCUACUCCCAGGCUGUCUUCUCUGGGCCCUUGCAGCCCUUCUUCUGCCUCGGGGCCCCCAAAUCAGGCCAGAUAGUCAUCUCUACAGUGACCCUGUGGGUGAAGGGAUAGGGGUACAGGGGGGAGCUCCGGCAGUCCGUGUUCCUCUGGAAUGUGAGGUCAUUCUGCUGCCCAGCUCAUCUCCGCUGGAGCAUUUGAAAGUCAUCAGCUGUGUAGGGCGGUUUCACAAAAGGCGAAAUAUAACCAUGAUUAAAGCUUAAACGUUGAAACCACGGUCCCAGAUGCUUGAGAGGAAACUUCAGGAAGCCCCCGUUUCACGGUGGGUCGAUUUCUAAAUACAUACUUGCAGCGGUUUCCCACCUCUUUACCCCACUUGGGCAUAGUGUCCACUCGCUCCUCCCUGCGUUCGGUUAAUGCAUGCACAGCCACCGCCUCAGGUGUCCACCUUCUUCAUCCAGAAAUUCCAUGUUUAUGCCCUUCCCAGGGGAGGACGGCAAAGCCAGACUUUUCAAACUGAACCUCUAAAAUACUUAGAGCUGUCCACCCCAUCCCUUCCCACCCGUAAAGCUGCACGUGCAGGGGUAAGGAUCUUUGGGGCUGGGGGUACGGUCUCUUUGCAGCCCCCCACUCCCGCCGUUUCAAGCGUUUUAAUAGACCUGGAAGCGGUGUCAGCACCCCAGAAACUCCAGCCAGUACACCCCCAUCUCAAUAAGGCCUGAGUCUCUCGUUCUGACCGUGCCAGCUCGGGCGCCCGAGGACACCAGCCCCUGGACAGCGGGAGCGCUGGGUUCGACAUGGUGCUCACCCCCGCCACCGUGUCC